AUGUUGCGCAAGCUAUAUGAUGAAGAAGAUAUAGAGGAAGAGAAAAUUGAAAAAGAUGAGGAAGAAGAUUCUGGUCCCAUCUCCGACACCGAUGGAGAAGGGGAAUUUUGUGAAAAAAUAAAUUUCUUGGAUGAAGAGGAAUUUAUUGAAGAAAUUGAAGAAGGAACUAAUUUUGUGAUCGGAGAUGAAAUUGUUGAGGCAAUUGUGGAAGAAAUUAAUUUUGUUGAUAUGAACAAAAUUGUUGAAGAAAUGGUGAUUUUUGUUGAACAACUAAAAUCAUUCCGAGAGCUCACAACCUUGAGAACCAAUGACUAUAAGUGCCACAAAAAUUCAGGUUCUCAUAUCUUUUAUGAACACAAUUCCUUUUCUAAAGUGUGGGGGAUUUCCAUUUUUCAUCUUUAUUUUCGUUUCAAUGUGUGGGAGAUUUUUACACUUUGGAUGCCAUGGAAUGCUUAUAUUUUGCAUUUUGAAGGCCUUAGUGACAAGAAGAAGUAUGGUGAGAGGUUGGAUUUUACUAAUUAUGAUCUUGAUAGUGAUGUUUUUGUUUUGUCUUCGUUAAUUGAUCAAAAGGAGAAAAAACACAUGCAUAUUACUUUUGAUAAAAAGUUUUGUGCAAUUGGGAGAUGUAGACUUCUCACGCAAGACUCAAAAACAGGAAGACCAAUUAUUUUUAGAUGA